UGUCUUAUCAAAAUUUUGUUAAUAAUAAGCUUACAAUAAUAGUUUAUAUCUUUAGUUUGGAGGUUUCCAAUUAGGUUAUUCGUGUAAUUUAUCAAUAAAAAAUGGCUUUACCCCGAACAAUUAGCAGUUUAUUACGCACAAAAGCAAUUUAUACGGCUUCUACUAGGAGUGUAGUAUCACAUGAACCUUGGAAACCAGGUCCAUAUCCAAAAACUGAAGAAGAAAGAUUAGCAGCUGCAAAGAAGUAUGGAUUAUUACCAGAAGAGUAUGAACCUUAUCCAGACGACGGUCUUGGAUUUGGAGAUUACCCAAAAUUACCAGAUAUUGGACAAGAUGCUAAAAGUGAAUAUUAUCCUUGGGACUCUCCUGAACAUAAUAGGAAUUUUGGUGAGGUAAUGCAUGUCCAUUCUGAUAUAUGGGGUUCAGACAAAGGUGAUCCUAAUUAUAGAGAAAGAGCGAGAUAUCCUGAUUGGAUACGAGUGUCAUCUUUGUUUAUUGCUCUAUUUGGCAUUGGUGGCUUAAUGUGGGUCGGACAAUUUUAUGUUCAACGAUACCGUCCAUUUAUGCCCAAACAGUGGCCUCAAGAUGAUAUAAAACAUUAUACUUAUUCUGAUAAAUAUUUUUGAAUUUUUUAAUUUAUAUUAAUGUAGUGGUUAUUUAAAGUAAAGUAAAUUUGUUAACACCAUCAAAUAUAAAAUACUGUUACAACUGAU